UAAUAAAAGCUUUGGUUUUUUUCUCCCGCUGGUGAUGAAGACUUUGACGAGUAAGAAUUGAAUGAGAAUGAAUACUGCAAGUUGAUGAUUCACAUGAUUCACCCUGUUUUCUUCGUCUUCACCCCAUCAUUAUAAUAUUGAGAUUUAAUUUUCGUCUUCUCCAGUCUUGAGCGGUGGCCUUGACUCACUGAAUUUUCCACUCUCCUGAACCACCUAACUUUUCGGUUGCCACUCAGUCCUUACAAACACACAUCUGAACCUGAAAAACAAACACCCCUUCAAUUUUCCCUCACUUUCCCGAGAAAAUGGACAACUCCUCCCAAGAAUCCCAGCUCCGAUCCGAUAACUCCGCUACCUAUGACUCCACUUACCCUCUGUACGCCAUGGCCCUCUCCUCCUCUUCCACUUCUUCCAACCACCAACGCAUCGCCGUCGGAAGCUUCAUCGAAGAAUACACAAACCGCGUUGACAUCCUCUCCUUCAACCCCGAAACCCUAACCCUAAGGCCCAACCCUUCUCUCUCCUUCGACCACCCUUACCCUCCCACAAAGCUCAUGUUCCACCCCUCCACCCCCUCCUCCCUUCUCCGCCACUCCGCCGUCGACCUCCUCGCCACCUCCGGUGACUACCUCCGCCUCUGGGAGGUCCGCGAAUCCUCCGUCGAGGCCCUCUCCCUCUUCAACAACAGCAAGACCAGCGAGUUUUGCGCCCCUCUCACCUCCUUCGAUUGGAACGACAUCGAUCCCAAACGCAUCGGAACCUCAAGCAUCGACACCACCUGCACAAUCUGGGACAUCGAAAAGGGCGUCGUUGAAACGCAGCUCAUUGCGCACGAUAAAGAGGUUUACGACAUUGCUUGGGGUGAAGCCCGUGUCUUCGCUUCAGUCUCCGCUGAUGGAUCUGUUCGAAUCUUCGAUUUGAGGGAUAAGGAGCACUCCACCAUCAUCUACGAGAGCCCCCAGCCCGAUACGCCAUUGCUGCGUUUGGCGUGGAACAAGCAGGAUUUGAGGUACAUGGCGACCAUCUUGAUGGACAGUAAUAAAGUUGUGAUAUUGGAUAUUAGGUCUCCGACGAUGCCAGUGGCGGAGUUAGAGAGGCACCGUGGGAGUGUGAGUGCAAUUGCUUGGGCUCCGCAGAGUUCUAGGCACAUUUGUUCUGCUGGGGAUGAUGCUCAGGCUCUGAUUUGGGAAUUGCCUACUGUGGCUGGACCUAAUGGGAUUGAUCCAAUGUCUGUGUAUUCUGCUGCUUCUGAGAUUAAUCAGUUGCAGUGGUCCGUGGCCCAGCCCGAUUGGAUCGCCAUUGCUUUUGCCAACAAGAUGCAGCUUUUGAGGGUUUGAUUUGAGGUCAGGGGAAUCAAUAAUUGAAUUUAGCUUAGAUAACUGAAAACUGAUGGAUGGACGGAAACUUGAUUAUGUAUAUGCUUAGUUAAUGUACUGACGAUUAUAGUGGAAGAGGUGUUUACCUUCUUGUGUUAUUGGUAGUCUAAUUGAAGUUGCAUUUUGUGUAAGAUUUGGUUCCUCUAAAGAUAGUGAAGUUGUGGGGAAGAAGAAUUUCUUAGUGUGCUUGAUA